AUGAUUUCUGAAGGCACUUCCUUCAUGAAGGGUGUGGUGCUCGGAGGAGUAUUCUGCAUGUUGGUGACACUCCUUGGACACAUCAGGGUGGGCCACGGGACUAAAUCACAUCACCACGAGCACCAUCACAUCCAGGCUCCCAAAAAAGAAGAGGUCUUAAACCUUUCAGAAGCUGAACGCAUGGAGCUUAGUAAGAGUAUCCGUGUUUAUUGUAUCAUCCUUGUGAAGCCAAAAGAUCUGGGACACUGGGCUGCAGUAAAAGAGACAUGGAGCAAGCACUGUGACAAGGCGGAAUUCUACAGCUCUGAAAAAGUCAAAGUGUUUGAUUCUGUAGCCCUCAACACAAAUGAUAUGUGGGUGAUGAUGAGAAAAGCUUACAAGAUAACCUAUGAACGCUAUAAAGAUGAAUUCAACUGGUUCUUCCUUGCAUAUCCAACAACAUUUGCUAUUAUUGAAAAUCUCAAGUAUUUCUUACUGAAAAAAGACCCCUCGCAGCCUUUUUAUAUAGGCCACACUGUCAAAUCUGGUGACCUUGAGUAUGUAGAUGGUGAGGGAGGAAUCGUCCUAAGCAUUGAAUCGCUAAGACGACUCUCCCGUGUUUUUGGAGACACUGACAAGUGCCCAGAGCAGGGAGGUAUGAUUUGGAAACUUGCUGAGGACAAACAGCUAGCAAUCUGCCUGAAGUACACCGGAGUGUUUGCUGAAAACGCAGAAGAUUCAGAAGGAAAAGAUGUCUUCAACACUAAAUCAGUCAGUGCCCUCAUUAAGGAAGCCAUGUCCAGUCACCCUGACCAGGUGGUGGAUGGCUGCUGCUCCGACAUGGCCAUCACCUUCAGCAGACUGGCCCCCAACCAUAUGCACGUGAUGAUGUUUGGUGUUUACAGGCUGAGACCCUAUGGCCACACAUACAACGAUGCCCUUGUCUUCCUUCCACCUGAAGGCUCAGACAACGAUUGA